AUGGCAGAACUAGAACCCAUUCAAAGUCCUUCGGAGAUGACGUAUUGCUCACCAUUAGCCUACCCUACGAAAAGAUUGGACUCCUCAAGUGUGGAGAAACUUUCUAAGGGAUUCAGCUCAGUCUCAAUGGGUGAUUAUAAGAACGACAGCGAUGCUAAUGAUUCAUUCAGUCAUAAUGAUGAAAACGAGGGCAAUGAGAGCAGUAUUAAUCACGUCGUUGAUUCCCACUGUAUUUUGAACAGACCUAUUUUAAUGACCAAACUUUCUCACAAGACAAAGAAAAGAAUCGAGUUAACAGCUGAUGUAAUUCAAUUCAGCUUCUCGUAUAAGCAAAUAUCAAAAGCCAAGUCUCACGAGUUUUCUAUAGAUGAUGUACGUCAUAUAAGUGAUAGAGAGGUGGCUCGCCAUUACAGAGAAGAGCUCGGCCUAUCACAAGAAUGUGAGAGGAGGUGGAUCUCGAUUACUUAUUUUGACCAUGUCAAGCAAAAGCUUAAGUGUUUGCACUUGGUCGCAGAUACAAGCCAUGAUCUCAAGAAACUCCUUUCCACAAUUGAGGUAUUCAAAAAUCUUAAAGAGCUGCUACUUAAAUCGUAUCUCGUUGAUGCUUCAGAUUUAGAUGAAGUGAGAAGAAAUAUCAUCUCAGACAAAUCGGUCUUUAAUGACAAAAGUAAAAAGCAAUUACUUCUAUUUGACGAUAUUCUCAAAUAUUGCAAGCGACUCAAUAUAAAUUUGAGUUCCAAAAGGCUUCAAGUCCUUUUCAAUAAUGCAAAGAGGCUGCAUGACAAUGGUCUCGACUUCGAAGAGUUCAAGGUCUUCGUCAAGUCACUCAGGUAUCGAAGCGACUUAGCCACCAUUUGGAAACAUUUGACAGGCUCAAAGGGCCAACUCAAUUUGGAGGGAUUCAGUUCUUUUUUGAAAGAUGUACAAGAUGAGCAUCUUUCGACAGAUGAAGUGAGCAAAAUUUUUCGGAAGUUCUGCAAUACAAACGAGCUGACAUGGACUUGCGAAGAAUUUAACUUAUUUCUCAAUUCCAAGUACCUGUGCUAUACAAAGGAGACAUUCCGUAGAGAGGGUUAUUAUUCCCAUCCUUUGAGUGAGUAUUACAUCUUAUCCUCUCACAACACAUAUCUCACAGGCAGACAAUUCGCAGGCGAAUCAUCUGUUAGUGGAUACGUGAGAGCACUUCAAAGAGGCUGUAGAUGUGUCGAAAUCGAUAUCUGGAAUAGUCCUGAUGACAAUAUCGAGCCUAUCGUGACUCAUGGCCGCACAUUUACCAAAGGUAUCAAGCUUGCAGACGUUCUCUCAACCAUAAAAAGAUAUGCUUUUCAAAGCUCCAACCUUCCGCUUAUCUUAAGUUUAGAAAUCCAUUGUUCUAGCGCGGCCCAAUUAAAGGCUGUGGAGAUCUUGCAAUCAACUUUCGGCGAUACGCUUGUGACGAAUGCCAUCACGGGAGGAAAUGUUUUACCGAGCCCCGAAGAGCUUCGAAAUAAAGUUCUCGUUAAAGUCAAAAAAACGAGUAAUCUCCCAAGUUCAAUCGACGAUAAUGGGAGCUUCACCACAACGUCAACGACAGGCAAUUCGUUUUCUGAGAGUGCCGAGUCAUUCGUUGCGAGAUCAACAUCAUCGAGCUCAUCAACAAAAAUGAGACGGAAGAAGGAUAAACUGAUUAUGGAGGAGUUGAGUAAUCUCGGUGUGUACUGUCAAGGCCUAAAAUUCAGGAAUUUUUCCUUACCAGAGUCCAAAACUUUCAAUCACUGCUUUUCCUUAAAUGAAAAAGCCUUAAUUUCAAUGGUGAAGGAUCCCAGCAAGGCAGAGGCAGUAGAUAAACACAAUAGAAGGUUUCUCAUGAGAACAUAUCCAUCCAAAUACCGAUUGAGUUCAUCCAAUUUCAUACCAACCCAGUUUUGGGCCCAUGGUGUACAAAUGGUCGCGACAAAUUGGCAAACAUUCGAUGUUGGUCAACAAAUAAAUUUGGCUUUUUUCGACGGUGUGUCAGGGAAUGGGUACAUUCUUAAACCGUCUGAUUUAAGGCGUCCAACUUUAAAGUCGACAAUGAGAAGAGUCAUACAGAGACACCAGAAAAAGUUGAAGUUUAGCAUCAAGAUUGUAAGCGCGCAACAAUUACAUCGGCCACAUAAUAUUGACGCAUUGAAUCCCUUUGUGAUUUUUGAAAUUAUGGGUGCCACUUCAAUUGACUGGUCUAAGGACUCGUCGAUCUCAAACACCAAAGUUGUAACAGGCAAUGGGUACAACCCCAUAUGGAAUGAAACAUUUUCAGGAACUAUUCACUACGACUGCGAAAUUAUUUUUGCAAGAUUUGUUGUUUCGACUUCAGCCUCUCCAGUUGAACCUGAUAGUCCAAAGGAGAUUGGAACAUCAAUCAUUAACAUUUUCGACAUAAAAAAAGGAUUUAGAUAUUUGAAAUUGAGAGAUAGCUGUGGCGAACUGCUUUUAAAUUCGACUUUACUUUUAAAGAUCGAAUUUGAUACCGUUUGA